AUGCACACAUUUUCCACAUUACCCCUCGAAAUUGUUUAUCGAAUUAUGGAUCAUCAAAAUGACCGGACGCUAUUUUGUUCAAUGCAAAAUAUCUGCCGACGGCUCAAUCAGAUCCUGAGUUCUUACCAGCGAUAUCAAACACUCACCAGACUUAACCUCAGUUGGAACGCAAUCGAUACUGAAGGAGCACAACACAUUGCGGAUGCGCUGCGAAUGAAUACGACACUCACCACACUUAACCUCAGUGGGAACAGAAUCGGUGCUGCAGGAGUACAACACAUUGCGGAUGCGCUGCGAACGAAUACGACACUCACCACACUUAACCUCAGUGGGAACAGAAUCGGUGCUGAAGGAGCACAACACAUUGCGGAUGCGCUGCGAAAGAAUACAACACUCACCACACUUGACCUCCGGUGUAACGAAAUCGGUGCUGAAGGAGUACAACACAUUGCGAAUGCGCUGCGAAUGAAUACGACAGUCACUACACUUCACCUCGUGGAGAACGGAAUCGGUGCUGAAGGAGUACAACACAUUGCGGAUGCGCUGCGAACGAAUACGACCCUCACCACACUUGACCUCUGGUGUAACGAAAUCGGUGCUGAAGGCGCACAACACAUUGCGGAUGCACUACGAACGAAUACGACACUCACCACACUUAACCUGAAUCAGAACGGAAUCGGUGCUGAAGGAGCACAACACAUUGCUAAUGCGCUGCGAACGAAUACGACACUCACCACACUUCACCUCACUUGGAACCAAAUCGGUACUGAAGGAGCACAACACAUUGCGGAUGCGCUACGAAUGAAUACAACACUCACCACACUUGACCUCUGGUGUAACGAAAUCGGUGCUGAAGGAGUACAACACAUUGCUAAUGCGCUCCGAACGAAUACGACACUCACCACACUUAACCUCAGUAGGAACCAAAUCGGUGUUGAAGGAGCACAACACAUUGCGGAUGCGUUGCGAACGAAUACGACACUCACCACACUUAGGCUCUGGUGCAAUAGAAUCGGUGAUGAAAUAGGUCAACACAUUGCAGAUGCAUUGGAUAGGAAUAUAAGCGCCACGAUGGUAUAG